CUUUAUUAAUGCAGGUAAUCUUAGCGUUGAACGAAUUGACGUGUCAUCCGUUGAUACUUAUAAAAAAUAUCAAUUUCGGUGUUAAAAAAAGUUGAAAUAAUUAGGCGAUAUUACAACUACGUAAUAGGUUGGCUUAUGACGUCAUUCGUGAGUUACACCAGCGUCAUCGGACAGUCUAUUGUGGAAAAUUUACCAGAUCAAGUUAAAUUUCAAGCGUCACAACGGAAACCGUAUUAAGGAUGUCGAUGCAGCAGUUUUGCCUCCGAUGGAACAAUCAUCAGCCAAAUUUCAUAUCAGUUUUCUCAAACCUAUUGAACAACGAGACAUUGGUCGACGUAACUUUGGCAGCUGAAGGCAGGCAUCUUCAAGCGCACAAAGUUGUACUGUCGGCCUGCAGUACAUACUUCCAAUCAUUGUUCACCGUCAAUCCGUGUCAGCAUCCGAUCGUGAUAUUAAAAGACGUCAAGUUUUCUGAUCUAAAAAUAAUGGUCGAUUUUAUGUACUACGGAGAAGUCAACGUGUCCCAAGAUCAACUGCCCUCCAUCAUUAAGACUGCUGAAAGUCUUAAGAUUAAGGGUCUUGCUGAAAUGCACACAGCCUCUGUAACCAAGUGGCCAAGUGGAAGCAGUGAGCCCGGUGGUGGUGAUCGAGGUGAAUCUUGUUCUCCCAGUCCAUCUCCAUUGUCGCCAUCGUUGCGACGAAAACGUCUAAGAAAAACAUCUACUGGUUCAACUUCUGGUUCAGGUGAAAAGUCGGAGGAAAUUAAUGAAAUAACAUUGGUAGCCACCAAUGUUAUCAAACCUGAGCCGUCAAUGAUGUCUCAAGAAACUGCUGACCACUUACGACGACCCUUAAACACUAGCACGGAAUCACAAGGAAGUAUCGACGAAGACCAAAUAUCAAUUAUGAGCAAUAUGGAAAGCAGUACUGCUAAUACACCAGCGCAGAGUGAAGCAUCGAUCCAAGAUAUAAGUCAACAAUCCGGGGCUAAUGCUGCACAGAGUUCAGCUGUAUCCCAGCCGCCAGCCCAUCAAGCUGUCCAAUGCAAACAGACAGGAACAAAACGUGGUCGACUACUAAUGCGUCAACCCCGUGUAAAAAAAGAAUCAGAACCAGGCCAUCCGUCGCCAGAUAGCGAACCAGGCUCUCCUCAUAUUGUUGCCUCUCCAUCGAGCUCCUACACUCCUACGUCUUCUCAUCCAUCUACUCCGAUUCUAAACCUUCCGCAAUCUUCUCAAGCGUGGGAGGACACUCAGAGAACACCUUCGCCUCACAUUACAGUAGUUAACCAACAGAAUUUAUUGACGACCAACACCCCGACAAACCUUCUAACCGUCCCGCAACCUUCCUACUUAGUCAAACAGCAUUCCCAUCCACUGUUACCGAGUCAACAACAGAGUGUGUCUGGCGGUCAUUUGAUACAUAGACAACAUUCGAACCCUGAAUAUCCUGGAAGAUCGACAAGUCCUAGUAUCAUAAUAGAACACGCACCAUUCAUAAAGACAGAAGACAGUAGUCACGGAGAAGGAAGAGACAUCAGAGAGCCUGGAAGCAGUAUCGGUGGAUUAAGAGUAAGGACCGCUGAGUUGAGGCGAAGUUCUUCUUCCCCGCAGACUGGAGUCAGAGGUGAAUCGCGACUGUCUCGAGAAGGAUCAAGUGAUCAACGACUUGGUCAUUGUCCGGUACAGCGACCUGGACCAGCUUUGGGUUGCAAUCAUUGUUGGAACACGAUAGACGCGCAUGGUAGGAUACUGAGGAGGAAGACUAAAUAUCAUUGUCCCGAAUGCCAAACUAAUCUCUGCAUUGUACCCUGCUUCCAAGAAUUCCACGAACGACAAAGAGAAGUCUCUACAUUAAGACCUCUGCCAAAAACUAGUUCUAUAUAAUUUUGUUGUUCAUCUUAAUCUGUAUUUUUUGAUAAUCACAGUUUGUUUUACAAUGAUUAAAUUUCAGUUGGAAUUCAGCGGGUACAAAGGUGAGCGUGUACAAUUUAAUCAUAUGUGAGAAGUUACCGAAUGUUACUGUAUAAUUCGUUUAAGUAUUAGUAACUGUAUCAAGGAAAUUAACGACGAGGCAAGGAUACUACUACUUGGAUACGUACCAAGCAAUUUUCAUUUGCAUCGCAGUAAAGUUUUACUUUCAUUACCGUUGUAGGUAAUGAUAGUGAUGUAUUAGGUUUUCGGCUGGUUUCCCAAUUUUUUACAAGUAGUAAAGAAAUGAGUAUGUCACGGAAGUUUGUCAGCAAACCAACAAUGCUCAAUGGAAAUCAAGAUUUUAAUCAAAUCGACGUCCCAUUACUCAAAAUCAAAUUUACCCCUUGUGUUACUUGCGAAUUAAAAGUUCUAAUUACGUUUUCUAAUACCUCUCAAAUGACACGCUUAUGUUCUAAAGGUACUAGAAAGACAACGAACAUCAUUCACGGUAUCGAUAAUCUUAAAAAUCUAGGUGGCUAUGUGAAUAAUAAUGAUAGCUGUAUCUCCUCAGCAUGCGAUAGAAUAUCUUUAAAUUUCACGUAUGAUCUUGUGGGUUUUUGAGAACAUCCUAAUAUUUUUAGGACUUUUAGGACUAGGUUAUGACUAUAUUUAUGGAAAAAAAUUGGUUUGACGGUGGUGACAAAUAGCAGCUUCAGUUACGAGGCAUUACAAAUUCAUUAUUUGUAGUGUGAACACGAACCAUUUGUAAAUAUCAAUGAACUUGUAGAUAUCCAGCUGGUAAUAACCAUUAAUAUGUUACUGUAUUAAUAAUAAAUGUAGUGCAAGAAUAAGCUACUCAUAUCCAAAGCCACAAAGUUUAGUAUUUAAUUGAAAAAAGACUCCUAGACCUGUUCAAGUCACGGAUAUGAGGAGUUUUAUUUUGUUGAAUACAUCUUGGGUGUAUAAUUCUUAAGACUU